CUAAAAAUGGCUGUUAUGUCAAAACAUUUUUAUUUACUUAAAUUAAUGGAAUUAAAAGUAAUGAAUUUAAGUAGUCAUACGUUUAGAUAAUAAGAUUUUCAUGUGAGAAUGAAAAAUAUUGACUCCGACAACGAAAGUAGUCUUCAUACAAUUUACAAUGGAACGGAGGAGGUAACAGAUUUGUUAUCAGCGGAGAGUACGGAAGCACUUAAUCUAAUAAAAUGUAAUUCGGAUCUUGUCGAAAGUUAUUAUGUACUGAAAUCGACGCCGAUGGGACAUAAAAAUCGUUUCUAUCAGCGAGUUCUAUCCAGAAAUAGCGAGCAAGAUUGUCAUAGUCGAAGUAUGCCUAAUUCUCUUAACAAUAAACUAAAUUGUAACGACUUAGAUGUUGCAAAUAACUGUGAUAUGAAAUCAAAACUGCUAAUCCAGCAGGAUAGUCCUCCUUCUUCGCCGUCACACGAAGUGUGGUUUAAAACUUGGCCCGAGAGAUACGACAAGGUUAAACCUGAUAAUAAUUGUGAAAUCGUAAACAAUCAUAAUACUCAGUUGGCGUCCAGUACGUGUGAUAAAAUUAACUGUGCAAACAAUAAGGUCACGUUAAACGAAGCUCUCCAAAACAUAUCUCUAGCAUAUAGCCCCGUCACAAAACAACUGCACCUGUUACGGCCGUCUGACACAAACGAACCUCAACUGCCAACCACGGAGGAAAAUGGGAUAAAGACCAAGCAUAAACGAACGGAGGCCGGGUCGUUUUCCAGUACGGUUUCUAGUCUGAGCGACCCCUCCCCGUCCGGUAGCUUACUAGAUCCGGAAGACAGAUGUACGGACGAUGAUUCGGAAUGCAAACCCCAAAGGAAGGGCAUUUCCGGGUUUUUUAACAGGAACAUGUUCUCGUGGAAAUUACACCACAUUAACAGUCCGAACGGAUGGAGGUUGUUCAACAAGAAUGGGAGCGAAACAUCGCCACAGCAUCAGAUCGUCGCCAGUUCGUCUGCCUUGAUACAGCAUAUCAGACCUUCGAAUUUACCGGCAAAGGCUCUCGAGGAGGAUCAGCGGCACCGCGAGGAGUACAAGGCGAUGGUGGCCGCUGCCAAGAGGAAGGAGGCCCAGAAUUCUGCCGCGAAACAGAAGCAACAUAAGUUGCUCAUACAACAGGAGGAACAGCUGGCGGCUGCUACGAAGCAUUUCACUCAAGUUGUUCUUCCGAAUUGGGAGUCGAUGCAUAACAGCCGCAAGACGAGAGAUUUGUGGUGGCAAGGUCUUCCAUCGAGCGUUCGUGGCAAAAUUUGGCGAUUGGCGAUCGGAAACGACCUAAAUCUCACACAGCAGCUGUACGAAAUCUGCCUGCAACGCGCCCAAAAUCGCCUCAACAACUUCCCGGAGCCGCCAUCCGAAUCCGUCGAUCAAGAAAGCAGCAUGGACGUCAUCCAGUUGGAUAUCUCCAGGAUAUUUCCCCACCUUUGCAUAUUUCAAGAGGGCGGUCCGUACUCCGAGGUGCUACACUCUCUUCUUGCCGCGUACGUGUGCUACAGACCGGACGUCGGUUACGUUCAGGGAAUGUCUUUCAUAGCCGCAAUUUUAAUCCUCAACAUGGACGAUUUAGACGCGUUCGUAUGCUUUGCCAAUCUGCUAAAUCGGCCGCUUCAUCUUGCCGCCUUCACCGUCAAUCAGAACCAAAUGCAGGCCUACUACAACGCGUACAAUGAGGUGUUCAACCAUAACAUGCCCAAAUUGUACGCGCACUUCCAAAAGUCCGGACUCACGCCCGACUUGUACCUGCUCGACUGGAUUUAUACAAUUUUCGCCAAGGCGAUGCCGCUAGAUGUCACCUGCCGUGUGUGGGAUAUAUUUUUGAGAGACGGUGACGAAUUCCUCUUCCGCACAGCUUUAGGUGUCCUAUACUUAAAUCAAGAACAGUUAAUGUCGAUGGAUUUUUUACAUGGUGCGCAGUUCCUAACGCGGCUGCCCGAUGAUCUAUCGCCGGAUCGCCUAUUUAAAAGUAUUCAGACGGUGAGCACGAACGUGGGGAAGGCGACUUUUAGUCAAAUUGUCGAACGAUUUAAAAACUAGCAAAAAAUGUGCGUGUGUGAACGAAUCUCGUCUCAAGUUUUGUAAAUAGUCGACUGAUUUUUAAAAGCUUAUGCAAACUGCUCAAAAAGAAUCUCCACAACUCUGAUCUUCAUGUGCACUUUGAUUAGGUGCUUCAAUUCUCUCCGUCCCACUAAACGUACAGGAUGGCCACGUUCACAGAGUACAGUAGAUGGCGUUGCUAACUAUUAAUGUGCCACUCUGUAAUUACCACAGGGUGAUUAUAAAAGAUCUUUCGCAUUUGCAUAAUUUCAUUUCACUAUACUCUCCAUUUUCAGUAUUAGAUUUCUGAUAUUAUUUUGACACCCUGUCGCAUGUGCCAAAGAGGGGAUGAUAAAUCGGUGCAAAACUGUUUCGGUUUUUAUUUUCGUUUGUUUUAAAACACAAACG